UUUUUUAUUUAUUUAUCAAAUUGAAUAGUUUAAUAAUAAUGUUGGUGGUAACAGCUGUUUGGUUGCAGUUGAAAACAUUGCAAAGCGCACGCGUGAGCUUGCUGUAAACAUUAACCGCCCAACCCGAACCCGAGUUGCAUGUCUUCCGAAAGGCGGUAACGCCAAUGAACGCGAAUUCAGCACAAGGACACAGCGAAAUUCCAAGAAAAAUCAAUAAUUACAUAGCUGGCGAGACGUUGAGCAGUAACAGCGGGAAGGAAGUGCAUUCAUUUUGUGUGUGUUCAACAAAAAGUUGCAUCAUAUUAUUAUUAAUAUUAUAUUAAGCGAAAUAUGUAGAUUCUGAGCGAAGAGAAAAUAAAAAACGAGUUCAAAAUGGUGGGCAAAACCGCCAUGAGUGCGGCGGAAGUGACAACAACAUCAACAAAGGAACGCCCUGUUUUCAUACCGCCACGUAAACGUCAACAAAACAAAGCAGAGGCCAAGAAGCAAAAUUAUGUGGAUCACAUAGUUAAUGUGCAACAAAAUCGAGCCAAACUCUCGCCCUCCAAUCCGGGUCUCGAGGAGGAGUUGCUCAAGUCAAAAUUGAUUAUCAAGAACAAGCAGCCACUGCCUCAACUGCCGGGUUGCGAUCCAGGAGCAGGAGGCCCACAAGACACCAUUGCCAGCACACACUCGGCCAGCUCUACGCAACACAGCAACAAAUCGGCAAGAACAGCGAACAAUCUGAAUGAGUUGCACAACUUUGAAUCCAUUUCGCAGGGCACCAAGUCAACGUCGCAGCGCCACGAGAGCAGCACUGUGACGCCCAGCAGCUGUUGCUACUCGGAGAGUAGUCUGGAUGCCAAGCUCAGCAAGUCACAGGAUUGUCUCAGUCUCAGCAAUCGCUCGUCGUCCAAAAAGCGCGUCAACAUACGCACUUCGGAUCUGCCGGUACAUGUCCGCAGUCAGCGUGCCUCGCCCGACAUUGCCAACUAUGAGGAUCUGGAGUCGGGCGAGACCAGUGUGCUCAAUACAUACGAUCAGAGCUUGGAGCGUUAUCAGGCACGCAAAGCGGGCGAUGGCACCAACAACUAUUUGACCAUGACUGGCACCAUUAAGCGGGGUCGCAAAAAGGGUCAAUCGAUUGACCUGCAGAUCAACAUUAGUCGCGAGGAGUUGGAGCAGUUGAAUGCCCAUGCCAUGGCAAAUGAAUCUCACAAGGGACGCAAUCUGUGCUGCACUUGCAGCUGCGGCAUUGGACUGCACAUCUUUCUUAUCUCGCUGCUCUGCUUGCCCUUUGUGACGAUCAUAUCAGCCGUGUACUCAUUUUACAUUGGCACUCUGACCUGGUACAAUAUGUUCAACUAUUACUGCGAGGAGAAGUCGUAUCUGCACAAGAUCUUUGUCACUCCGGUGCUGUUUUUAGCAUAUCCGCUCGUCAUAAUACUUUGCACCUUUGGCCUUGGCUUGUACUCGGGCUUCCGGCAACUAAGUUUGCAAUAUAGCAGCUGGGUGAACGACAUCACAGACAUUGAAAAGGGUUUCUAUGGCUGGUUGUGUGGCUUUCUGCACAUGCCCGAUUGCAGUCCCUAUGAGGUGGUCAUACUAACCGACAUUUGUGUCGCUCCGCAGGAUCCACAACGUUUGCAUAUUAACAAACCCAGGCAAGAGUUGUCCAUGUAAAAACAGAAAACCGUCGAAGCCAGAUCAAAUGCUGGCUGCAAGCUUCAUAAAUCAAUAAUGCCUCUUCCCCAAAUUACCUUAUCUGCCAUAAACUAAUAUACGAACAAUUAUAUUCCAAAAGCACUGCAGCCACAUCAUAUCGAACUAAUGUAUUUGUGACGACGACGGUUUCGAUUUUCGACCAUAUGUGUGAUAAACGUAAUUAGAUCGUAGAUGGUAGAGGCAAAUACGAAUCUGUAUCUGUAUCUUUGUACUGCGAGUACAGCACAACUAAAGUUCAAUGCAUUAAGUUUCCUUUUGGCCAAGUUUGUUCCUUUCAUAAGCAAAUUCAGCUUUAGAUACAUAUACUGAAAUACAUAUAUACGCAUAUAGAUAUUAUAUACACUUGUAGUGCUACAUAAAUACCAAUAUACAUAUACUAUCUACAUAUAUCACUAUCCAAAGAUUAUUGAUUAUAGACGUUAAGCUAUUAGUCAUGUAAGUCUCAGUCUCUAUAAACAUACUCGAUCGAAUAACCGUUAAUAUUCAAUGUUUUUGAAAUUAGCUGGUUAUCUCCAGAACUUCAUUUGUGAUUAUUAUUGAUUAUUCUUUCCUUACAAGUCAACGCCAAAUCUAACAAAUAUACGACACUUAAAUAUAUUGCAGAGCAUUAAAGUUGCAUUUACGGAUUAUGCAUUUAUAUUAAAAUUAACUAAAAAUAAAACAACUGCGUUAUGGUCGUGAUGGAAACUUUUUCUUAGUUUUAAGUGAAAAGCAUUUUUUUAUUUUUAAAUGCUAAAAAUAUAUAGUAAAACAGCCAAGACUAGAGGCUAAUAAUAUAAUAAUUCUAUGUAUGUAUAUGCGAUAUAAGCAAAACGUUUUUAAAUAGAUAUUCUAAAAGUUAAGAGAUAUACUUGAUAACAAACAAGAACGCAAAGCUAACUUCGGUGCACCGAAGAUAAAGUACCCUUGCAGUCUAUAGUCAAUAACACGUAAUGCUCAUUAAAAUCUAAAGUUAAGACUAACGCUCAGUUUAAUCUAUACUGCAGGCAAUAAAAAUUAUUACAUGUUCGAAUUACCCCAUGGAAAUAAACUGAUAUCAAGAAAGUUUAACCCUAGACUACGGUUGCCACAUCUGGUAAAAUUGUACUAAAUGGAGUUAUUAAAUUACUUUUUUAUAGUCAACCACAUUUGUUAAAAUUAACAAUGUAUUAAUACCACUACUGGAAAACAUAUACAUACAUGCAUGUAGAUCUACAAUUUUUUUGAAUCUAUUUUGGUACAUCUCGAAAAUGGUAUAUUUGUAAUAUUGGUAAAAAAAAAAAAAUAAUAAUUUCCCUAUGGUAACCGUUGUUUGGGAGUAAACAAUUACAAAAUAGAAUACAAACUGCAAGAGUAUUAUUAAUGCAUAUACAUAUGUAACUAACACUUAUUAAAAUUAAUAAAUUAUUUCGAAAAAUAAAACGAAGAAAACUGCACUUCA